UGGACGGAACCGACCAAAUACAGUCUGGAGGAGACACGAGUGAGAGCAGGAGCGCCCGGUCGUUCAUGUGUGCAACAAUGGAGAGGGGUGGUGUUUGUGAUAUUUAGAAAAUAUCAAAGGUAUUCUCUUUGACGGCUGUUUUGUGCUCAGCGACAGGACGUGCAGCAGCAUCUCCAUGGAUCUUUAAAACACUGGUGCAGGAUAUGCGCUGAAAACCGCCUGUGGAUGCAUCGAAAAGUACUGGAUUCAUCAUUUGAAGGGGAAAAACAGCGGAGGAACACGCGGGGAAACGAAUAGAUCGCACAGUUUCAUUAUUUCUUCUUUUUCGGGGGAGGUUUUAUCCAUCAGCUCCGUGGAGGAGGAGGGAAUCAUAAAGAAGUUUGUGCGCGGCGUUAAUAUUUUACCUGAGGCUGAACGCUGCAAAAGUAGGCACACAUCUCACUGUUCCUUUUUUUAUUUCUAACACUGGGUGCUUAUGAAGUAUUGGUGAGGCCCCUGGAGAGGCUUGGAGACCGGGGCGCACGGUGUGUGUUGAGACGGACCCGCGCAGCGGCACACCACCUGGAAACUAUACGGCCCGCCCGACGCACCAAACACAAGACCCUCUCCUGUCGCUUCUCCUCCCUGUUCUCCUCCUCUUUAUCUCUUUUCUCCUCGUCUCUCCUUCUUACCAACCGGGUUUUUUCUUCAGGCUGGUGUGGGCUUUACAGCCAAGACAGAAAGUGACCAUGCGAUGACUGGGCGCGCUUUGGGCACAUCUACCGAGUCCAUUACAGGAGGUGAAUGAUGGCUGAGGAUGGGGGAAAUCUCUCCGGGGUCCCAGACGCCAGGGGCUCGGAGGGUCGCUCCUCUCUGCCGAGGACUUUCAUCCGGCUCAACGACCUGUCCGGGGUCGGGAUAGGAGGCGGGGAGCGCGGCGAGGUGGUGGUGGAGCCCGCGUCCCCGGCGCCCGACGGGAUCUCUACAGCCGGAGACGAAGCGUCGGCGAGCGGCGAGGAGAACCUGCCCUACCCCACCCUGGCCCCCGUGGUCUUCUUCUACCUGAAACAAACCACCCGGCCUCGGAGUUGGUGUCUCAAGAUGGUCUGCAACCCAUGGUUCGAACGAGCGUCCAUGCUGGUGAUCCUGCUGAACUGUGUGACUCUGGGCAUGUUUCAUCCCUGUGAGGACAUCGACUGCGACUCUGAGAGGUGCAAGAUCCUGCAGGACUUUGAUGACUUCAUCUUUGCGUUCUUUGCCAUUGAGAUGGUGAUCAAGAUGGUGGCUCUGGGGAUAUUUGGCAAGAAGUGUUACCUUGGAGACACGUGGAACCGCCUGGACUUCUUCAUAGUAUUGGCUGGGAUGUUGGAGUACUCCCUCGACCUGCAGAAUGUCAGCUUUUCAGCGGUGAGGACGGUUCGCGUGCUGAGACCUCUGAGAGCCAUCAACCGAGUCCCAAGUAUGCGCAUCCUGGUGACCCUGCUGCUGGACACCUUGCCCAUGCUGGGUAACGUGCUGCUGCUCUGCUUCUUUGUCUUCUUCAUAUUCGGCAUCGUGGGCGUCCAGCUGUGGGCCGGCCUGCUCAGAAACCGCUGCUUUGUGGAAGACAACUUCUCCUUCCCUCUCACUGUGGAGUUAGGGAAAUACUACCACACUGAAAAUGACGACGAGAACCCCUUCAUCUGCUCUCAGCCCCGAGAGAACGGCAUGAGGGACUGCAGCUCGGUGCCCAAGCUGUAUGAGGAAGGAGGCCUGCAGUGCAAUCUAGACAUGUACUCUUACAACACCACUGACAACACCACCUGCGUCAACUGGAACCAGUAUUAUACCAACUGCUCCGCUGGUUUGGUCAACCCCUUCAAGGGAGCCAUCAACUUUGACAACAUCUGCUACGCCUGGAUUGCCAUCUUUCAGGUGAUAACUCUGGAGGGCUGGGUGGACAUCAUGUACUUUGUGAUGGAUGCUCACUCCUUCUACAACUUCAUCUACUUCAUCCUACUCAUCAUUAUUGGCUCAUUCUUCAUGAUCAACCUGUGCCUGGUGGUCAUCGCUACUCAGUUCUCAGAGACCAAGCAGAGGGAGAGUCAGCUGAUGAAGGAGCAGCGAGUGCACUUCAUGUCUAACGCCAGCACUCUGGCCUCCCUCUCCGAGCCGGGCUCCUGCUACGACGAGCUGCUCAAGUACCUGGUUCACAUCAUCCGCAAGGGAGCCAAACAAGUGGCUCACAUCUGCAGGCUCCUGGCUCGCCGUGCCGGGCUCAACAUCGCCGCCUCGCCCCCGGCCACGGAUCCCCAACGCAGCCAGAGACGGAGGAGGAAGUCCUCCCGGCAGGGAUCUGUGUCAGUUCAUCACAUGAUGCACCAUCAUCACCAUCACCACCACCACUACCAUCUGCGGAAUGGCAGUGUGAGGGGAGGGGGGAGCAUCAGGUGUCUGGAGGGUAGGGAUGUGGAGGCUGGUGCUCAUAACAACAACAGAGGAGCCCUUGUAGCAACCGCCAGCAGUGGACACCUUGCUUUAGCCCCGCCCCCUUCAGUGACAGCAGCCACCUCUGAUACAAACCUGGCCACUUUAUCCAAUCCUGCUGCAGGACCUGCAGAUUCACCUUUAGUUUGCAGUGUAUUCCACACAGAAACUCUUCACUCUACCCCCACGCCCACAAACCUGGGGCCGACCAGGGGCUCCUUCUCCCUAGCCCCGGCUCCCAUGUCCCAUAGGGUCAUGAAGAGGAACUCUGUACCCUUUGCUGCUCCAGGUCCUAAAAACUACCCGACUCUGCAGGCUCGAGCCCUGGCAGAGUCCAGACGAGGGAGCGCUGCAGCCAGCACUCUGACCAACAUCAGCUUCAACCUGAAUAUCCCACCCAUGCCCAUGGAAAGACGACCAUCGAGUCUGGUGGACACACACACUCCCACAGCCCAGCUCUCCUGCCAGCUGUCGGCUUGUGACCUCAGCAGCACCAGCAGUGCCAUGGACGCGGCCGCUUUGACGUUCGACCCCGAGAGUUGCCCCUACUGUGCCAAGGCUCUAGCCAACGAGGCGGAGGGUGGCACUGAGGGCAACGAGACCCCCGGAGAUUCCGACAGCGAGGGCAUAUAUGAGUUCACCCAGGACCUCCAUCACAGGGACAGGAAAGACAGCCGGCAGCCCAAAAAGAAGCACUGCCGGCUGGGCAAAACGGCGGCCAAGGUCGUUCACUUCUGGAGGCUGGUGUGCGACACGUUCAGGAAGAUCGUGGACAGCAAGUAUUUUGGCCGAGGGAUUAUGAUCGCCAUUCUGAUCAAUACCCUGAGCAUGGGCAUCGAGUACCAUGAGCAGCCUGAUGAGUUGACCAAUGCAUUGGAGAUCAGUAACAUUGUGUUCACCAGCCUGUUCUCUCUGGAGAUGCUGCUGAAGGUCUUGGUCUAUGGGCCUUUUGGCUACAUCAAGAACCCCUACAAUAUCUUCGAUGGCAUCAUCGUGGUCAUCAGUGUGUGGGAGAUCGUGGGUCAGCAGGGUGGCGGCCUGUCGGUGCUGAGGACCUUCAGGCUGAUGCGGGUGCUGAAGCUGGUCCGUUUCAUGCCGGCCCUGCAGAGGCAGCUGGUGGUCCUGAUGAAGACCAUGGACAACGUGGCCACCUUCUGCAUGCUGCUCAUGCUCUUUAUCUUCAUCUUCAGUAUCCUGGGUAUGCAUCUGUUUGGUUGUAAGUUUGGGUCUGAGAGGGAUGGAGACACUCUACCAGACAGGAAGAACUUUGACUCUCUUCUCUGGGCAAUAGUGACUGUAUUCCAGAUCCUAACCCAGGAGGACUGGAACAAAGUGUUAUAUAAUGGCAUGGCAUCCACCUCUCCCGUAGCUGCCCUCUACUUCAUCGCGCUCAUGACCUUUGGCAAUUACGUCCUCUUCAACUUGCUGGUGGCCAUCUUGGUCGAGGGUUUCCAGACUGAGGAAGUGUCCAAGCGGGAGGACUUGCAUGCCCAGCUGAGCCUAAUUCAGCUGCCUGUAGACUCAGGGGGUGAUGCUUCUAAAUCGGGUUCGGAGAUCGAUUCCUGCGCACGAAGUAUGGAGGAUGUCAACGGCAGCAAGAAGGAUUUAUCAGCCUCUGCAGUAGUGCCUGUAAAUGGCCACGUGGACCUGAAGACCAGCCUGACUCCACCUUUAAUUACCCACACGGCUGCCACCCCCAUGCCCAUCCCCAAGUUGCCGGUCUGUGGUGACCCCAUCGUGGGCUACGAGUCCCGUCGAGGCAGCAACGUCUCCAUAGACCCAGCCUGCUAUGACAAAUCACCGACCAGUGCACGGAGCACUUCCCCCUGUGCCCCAUGGAACUCUGGCAGUGGCUGGACCAGCCGUCGUUCCAGCUGGAACAGCCUGGGUCGCGCCCCGUCACUCAAAAGGCAGAAGCGGCAGUCUGGGGAACGACGGUCUCUCCUUUCCGGGGAGGGUGGCUCCAGCUCGGAAGAGGGGGAAGGUGGAGGAGAAGGAGGAGGUGGGUUGAUGGAGGAAGAUGACGCCUCUCUGGCCAGGACGGACUCCAUGUCCAAGUCGCAAAGAGGGCCCCGACACCGGAGGAUGGAGUCAGUGGAGACUCGGAGCUCUAUGGAUUUACCCCCUGAUGCUCUGCUGCAGGUGCCCUAUCUGUACCGCUCAGCCAGUAUGCACAGCUCCAGGCCCCCCUCACUGGGCCAGUUACGGCCCCCAGAGCACAGUGACUGCAAUGGGAAGGGCUCUUUGCCAGUCCUGGGCCCCACACAUGUCUCUCUGGAGGACAACACUGAAGACGAAAAUGCAGAAGACGAGGCCAGCAUGGGUCGCUUUGCUAGACUGUUCCGCUGGCUGGAGAAGAAACAACCAGAGUGGUGUCGACAGCGAGACACAUGGUCACUCUACCUCUUCCCCCCAGAGUCGAGGUUUCGGAUCCUGUGCAAUAAGAUCAUCAACCACAAGAUGUUCGACCACAUUGUGUUGGUCAUCAUCUUCCUCAACUGCAUCACUAUCGCAAUGGAGAGGCCUCGCAUCGACCCCACCAGUGCUGAGCGGAUCUUCCUAAAUUUGUCCAACUACAUCUUCACGGCGAUCUUUGUGGCUGAGAUGACCGUAAAGAUUGUGGCUUUGGGAUGGUGUUUCGGGGACAAGUCCUACCUGAGGAGCAGCUGGAACAUUCUGGAUGGGAUGCUGGUGAUGAUUUCUGUUAUUGACAUCCUGGUGUCGCUCAUCUCCAAUUCUGGUACUAAGAUCUUGGGCAUGCUCAGAGUGCUGAGGCUGCUGAGGACCCUGAGGCCGCUACGCCCCAUCUGUCAGCACUCACUGGGCAUGCUCCAAGGGGCCAUCCCAAGCACGGCGUUUACGGACGACCAGGCAAGUCUCUUCUCCUCCCUGCGCUUGGCCUCCUCGGCCUCCUGGUGGCGCCGGCACUUGUGGAAGUUCUCCACCACCACGCCCACAAACAUGUUGAGCACGAAGAAGGCCACAAUCAGCAGGAAGGAGAUGAAGAUGCCAAAGAUGAUGAAGAAGGCGCAGCAUAUGACCACGAUGUUGCCAAUGGGCUUCAGCGAUGACAUCAGAGUCUCCACCACCAGCUUCAGCCCCGGGGCUCUGCUGAUCACACUGGAACACAUACCCCACUCCCUGCACCCCACCCCCCACUACUUCCCACUUCCAACAGAAGCUCAGAGUAAGCCUUACUACUCCGAUUACUCCCCCACUCGCCUGCUCAUCCACAAGAUGUGCACCAGCCACUACCUGGACCUGUUCAUCACCAUCGUCAUAGGGCUCAACGUCAUCACCAUGUCCAUGGAGCACCACCAGCAGCCUAAGAAGUUGGAAGAGGCACUGAAGAUCUGUAACUACAUCUUCACCCUCAUCUUUGUUCUGGAGUCUGUCUUCAAGCUGGUGGCCUUCGGCUUCCGACGCUUCUUCAAGGACAAGUGGAACCAGCUGGAUCUGGCCAUCGUGCUGUUGUCCAUCAUGGGCAUCACUCUGGAGGAGAUUGAUGGCAAUGCUUCUCUGCCCAUCAACCCCACCAUCAUCCGCAUCAUGAGAGUGCUGAGGAUCGCACGAGUAUUGAAGCUCUUGAAGAUGGCAGUGGGGAUGAGAGCUUUGUUGGACACCGUUAUGCAAGCCCUGCCUCAGGUGGGGAAUCUGGGUCUUCUCUUCAUGCUUCUCUUCUUUAUCUUUGCAGCGCUGGGAGUGGAGCUGUUUGGUGACUUGAUUUGUGAUGAGCUCCACCCAUGUGAAGGUCUGGGGCGCUAUGCUACAUUCAGAAACUUUGGGAUGGCAUUUCUGCUGCUCUUCAGAGUUUCCACUGGAGACAACUGGAAUGGCAUAAUGAAGGACACGCUGAGGGACUGUGGCAGCAGCACCACCUGCUACAACACUGUGGUCUCGCCCAUCUACUUCGUCUCCUUCGUUUUGACCGCUCAGUUUGUCCUGGUCAACGUUGUCAUUGCCGUCCUGAUGAAGCACCUAGAGGAGAGCAACAAGGAAGCCAAGGAGGAGGCGGAGAUGGAGGUGGAGUUGGAACUGGAGAACAGGCUCCUGGCAGAAGCGGGAGAUAUGGCGGCAAGGUCACCCCAGCUCAACCCCCUGGCAUUGGGCAUGGACAGGUCAAGUUCGGGGGGUUCCCCCUGGAGAUCCACUGGAGGAGGGGACAGGGAGCAGGAAAGGGACGGUCCUAUGGACUCACCCACUGCUGAUAUAACCAGAGACUCUGUAAACAUCAGAGCAGAACCCCCUUCAUGCCCGGAGCCCCCACUGGAGUUUGUCCAGCGGAGAGCGCAGUUUGACUCGGUCUCCCUGGUCAUCCAGGGCUCAAUGGAGGGAGAGUUGAGUUUGAUGGACAACCUGUCUGGCUUUAUCUGCCACUUCUACGCGCUGCCCCCCAAGCCCAGCAAGCACAGCACCGACAAGAAGAUCCCUCUAGCGGAGAUGGAAGCUCUGUCUCUGGCCUCUGAGAAAUCCUGGUCCCUAGCUCUGACAGACGACUCGGCCCCCGACGAUUUUAACCCCCUCUUUCUAACCAGUCUGGAAUGCAAUCUCAAUCCUGGGGAGCCACUGGAGGACAACCUGCUGAGCGUCAGGAAGCCCGCAGUGGGACGCACACACUCCCUACCCAAUGACAGCUACAUGUUCCUCCCCCUGCAGCCCCUUGGUGACACAGCUCCAGCACAGCUUCAAGCACAGGCACAGGGGCCCCAGUACAUACUGGGUACCCACAGGGCCCAAUCAGGCUCCACUGGCUCGGUGCGUUCACAACCGGACGAGGUUUCCCAGCAGCUGACCGUUCCCACAGACCUCUUCAGACCCAUCAGCCCCCACAGCCACUCAGACUCGGAGAGUAUACCACCACUACCCCCUCCCAGACGCACACAUACACUCAGCCGUACGCUUCGCAGACAGGUUGCAGUGUCUACUGAUUCUCAGGAGGCCCUGUGUUCAGAUGGAGGGGAGAGAAAUGAAGGACUUUUAAAUGUGGCCUCUCUGGGCCUCCCUCCAUCCCCCUCCACCUCCUCCCCCACCAACUCUCCCUCACCCUGCUCCCAUCAUCAUCAUCAGCAGCCUGCUCUCUGCCUGGUCCCCGCCGCACCAGGCGCCUCCCCUAAACCCAGCAGCGUGCACACCCAGCUUCACAACCAGCACUGCCUCGCCUCCUCCUACCCUUCCUCCUCCUCGCCUCCUCCCCCAUUACCAGCUAGGCCGCACCAACAGGAUGAACCCUCUGUGGAUCAGGAAGUGUCCCUCAUUACCUGUGCAGGGUUGGCUGGCAGUGAUGACAUCGUGGCGGAGGACACUGGCGAUAGCGUUAACGAGGGUUACAGCAGCUACGCAGGCUGCCGGCAAAGUCCAUGUUUGAGGCAGCUGAAGAGGUUCCACAGUGCUGACACGCAGGGCCGCAGCGCCCUCCCGCCCCGUCUCCGCCCUUACUCCUGGUUGGAUGACCCACGACGCCACUCUGUAGAGGUAUGCCCCUCAGUGGAGUCCAGCCCACAGCGCAGCACCACCUCCACCUCCUCCGGCUUUGUGUCACGUGCCAAUAGCCUGCAGAUACACAGCCAGACCCCCAUUCAGACCACACUGCCCUCACCCCGACGCAAGAAGAAGAUGAGCCCGCCCUGCAUCUCUGUGGACCCACCUGACGGACUUGAGCCUCAGGCUGGCCUCUUCCCAUGUUCUGGUGGAAUAGGGAUGCCCCCUCCUCUGCCAAGCCGGGACACCUGCCUGAGGAGGAGAGCGCCCUCUAGUGACUCCAAGGACUCCUUUGACCUGGGAGUCGGAGAGGGUUCGGGACAGGACGGAGGCUCGCCCAACCCCAACAACAACCCCAAACUAUUGACUCUUCCCAGUUUCUCCUUUGAGAAGACAAGCCCUGAGCACUGAACACUGAUACUCCAACACACAGAUACACACACGCACACAGCAGGACGAACCCUCCACACACACACAAACACACGAUGCACUCUGUGGAUCUGUGAUGGUGAUAGUUCUAGUAAUAAUGCUGUAGAGAGUAAUAAUGGUAAAACUACAACAAACAGUGAAAACAUCCUUGGUUUCAUAAGGAGUGCAGUACUGUGGUAGUGUGACCAUCCCUUGUCUUUGUAUUGUUACUGCCAAAACAACGAGAGAAGAAGAGAACAAAUGAAACAACAACCAGACUGUUUCUCUUCUGCUACGCCUGCAUGCCACUGGCUGCAGCUUGACCCCUUAACCUCUGGAGUGACAUCAGCACCUGGGAUUUGGCGCCCUCUGUGGUUGCCAUCUGAACUGCCUGGUGUUGCGCAGGGUGGGCUUUGCCCAGCCAGUGGAGGUACAAAGCAAUAUGAACGUUUUAGAGACACUAUUUUCUUAAAUUAUUGGGCCAUAGUGUUUGUACAGGAUGUUGUUUUUUAAUUUCAUUCGAUUGUUAUUUUCAUGUCUUUUUUGUGAUUUUUUCUUUUUUUGUCAAAAUGGUUUGUCUCUGUCUCUUUUUUUCACUGUAGGAUAUUUCUAGCUUUCUUGGUUUACUGAGGAAAGUGAACGUUUUUCAAAGUGCUGAAAACCAUGUAUUUGUAGGAAUAAUAUAUAAAUA